AUGCUUCUGGAGCGCGAGGACAGCUUCCUGUCGGAGUUGGAGGGCGCGUGCAGCGCCUGGGUGGACAGCGUGGGCUCCAGCCUCGGGGACCACAGUGAAUGUGACACGAGCUCGCCCUUCUCCCAAGCCUUCUCCCCGGGGACCGACGCCUCCGACUCGGACUUCUUCUCCGACCUCAGCGACUGCUCCUCGGACACCCUCUCCCCGUCACUCGCCUCCUCCGCGGCCUUCUUCGCCUCCUCCGAGCCGGCGGCGGAGCUGAGCAGCAGCGCGGACGCCAUCCUCAACAUGAUCACCGAGAUAGUGGGCGUCUGCAGCGAGCUCGAGCAUCAUCCCGCCUCCUCUCCGCCAUCACUCCAACCGACAUGCGUGCCCGCGGGCUACGGCAGCGUUGCCGACCCCGGCCCCUGCGCGUCCUCCCCCGGGUCCCCCCCGGCCCUGCUGGUGGUGAAGAGCGAGUUCCAGGCCUCCAGCUGCGGCGGCGGCAGUGGCUGCGUGCAGCUCCCGGGGACCGGCUAUACCGGGCUGCAGUCCGCCACCGAGCCGCUGCUCCCGCUCGCGGCGCUCGAGCAACAGGUGGACGUGGCGGAGUUUCUGGAGUCGCUGGUCGGGAGCGAGGCGGCCGCGGGAGACGUUCCGUCCCUGGCUCAAGAGAUCAAACAGGAGCCGCUGGCCCUGGAGGAGUGGCUGAAGAGUCUGAUGUCAGUCCCCGGCGUGAACGGAGGAGACUCCGCUGACUACGUCAUUAACCGACCCGUCAUCAAGACGGAGCCCACGCCCUGCGGCCUCGCGCUGUCCCUCCCGCCUGCCGCCCUCCCCUUCACCCUUGACGCCUUCCUCCUUUCCUCCCUCCUGCCCGGCGCGUUCCCGAUGCCCAACAUCGUCAACGCGCAGACCGCGGGGGCCGCCAAGGUCUCGGGCAGAGCCAGGAAAGCCACGAGCGCCGUCAAGGUGAAGCCGUUCCCGUGCUGCGUGCAGGGCUGCGAGCGCCGCUUCUCCCGCUCGGACGAGCUCAACCGCCACGUGCGCAUUCACACCGGACAGAAGCCGUUCCAGUGCACGAUAUGCGCGCGCAGCUUCAGCCGCAGCGACCACCUCACCACGCACACGCGCACGCACACGGGGGAGAAGCCAUUCUCGUGCGACGUCUGCGGCAAGCGCUUCGCUCGCAGCGACGAGAAGAAAAGGCACGGGCGCGUGCACGUCAAGCAGCAACUGCGCGCACAGAUGAUGGCCGCGUACUCGAUGGCGUUCAGCGCGCCCGGGGGCGUCUAA